UUUACGUAUAUAUAUGUACGUGUGGUGAAGACAGUAUCUCAUGUACGAUUCUAUCUUCAAAGUCUCAAACUAUGGACCAUCAUCAAGUGUCUUUGCCAACAUCUACCACCACAGGUCUAUCGUUCAAGGUGCAUCGCCGUCUGCCAGAGCUAGUCACUCCGGCUAAACCAACGCCACGAGAGCUGAAACCUCUCUCCGACAUAGAUGACCAACAAGGACUAAGAUUUCAAAUUCCGGUUAUAUUUUUCUAUAGACCUAAUCUUACGACUAACCUCGAUCCGGUCCAAGUGAUAAAGAAAGCCCUAGCCGACGUGCUGGUUUACUACUAUCCCUUCGCUGGUAGGCUCCGGGAGCUUUCAAACCGGAAACUGGCGGUGGACUGUACCGGUGAAGGCGUUUUGUUCAUCGAGGCUGAAGCUGAGGUGGCGCUUGCCGAGUUGGAGGAAGCUGAUGCUCUUCUCCCUCCUUUCCCUUGCUUAGAAGAGCUUCUCUUUGACGUGGAAGGUUCGAGUGAGGUCCUCAACACUCCGUUGCUUCUUGUCCAGGUCACGCGCUUGAAAUGCGGCGGAUUCAUCUUUGCACUCCGUUUCAACCACACCAUGACCGAUGGAGCCGGUCUGUCGCUCUUUCUAAAGUCACUUUGCGAGUUGGCGUGUGGCCUUCAAGCGCCCUCGGUUCCAUCCGUAUGGGAUCGACACUUGUUGACGGUGAACGCUUCGGAGGCGCGCGUGACACACACGCACCGUGAGUACGAAGAUCAGGGGGAAAUCAAUGCAGUAGCCGCUGGAGAACCUUUGGUUAGCCGUUCUUUCUUCUUUAGCACGGAAGAGAUCUCGGCCAUACGGAGACUCCUUCCGCCUGAUCUCCGCAAUACCUCAUUUGAAGCGUUGUCGUCAUUUUUGUGGCGUUGUCGGACAAUAGCGUUGAACCCUGACCCCGACACUGAGAUGCGACUUACUUGCAUCAUCAACUCGCGUGCCAAGUUUAGCAACCCACCGCUUUCGCCCGGUUACUACGGAAAUGUGUUUGUCAUCCCCGCUGCAAUAGCGACUGCACGAGAUCUUAUGGAGAAACCGCUUGAGUUUGCCUUGAGGCUGAUUCAAGAAACGAAGGCCAGCGUAACGGAGGACUACGUCCGCUCGGUGACGGCCCUAAUGGCGACAAAAGGCCGGCCUAUGUUUGUGAUGGCGGGGAACUACAUAAUAUCUGAUUUGCGACAUUUUGAUUUAGGAAAAGUUGAUUUCGGACCGUGGGGUAAGCCAGUGUAUGGUGGAACCGCAAAGGCCGGUAUCGCAGUUUUCCCGGGAGUGAGCUUCUACGUGCCGUUUAAGAAUAAAGAAGGUGCAACGGGUACCGUUGUGGCGAUUAGCUUGCCGGUACGGGCAAUGGAGAGGUUCGUAGCAGAGAUACAUGGCGUAGUAAAUGUGUUUAAGAGAUGAACCAAAAAAUCCUAAAGUUUGUUAUUGUCUUCGCUCUAG